CAAAUUCCAUUCCGUCAUAUCAUAUCGCAUCGACCGAGGUGGUUGUAAAAUUAAAAAGAGACAAAAAUGUGUUUUAAAUCUAGAAAAAUGUAAAUUGAAUUACUAACAUGAAUGGUAACAUCCUUACAAGAUUAACCGUGCAGUUGUUGGUCUCAUGACCAUUUAACAUUCAGCUGCCAUACAGAAAAAACGUAUAAAUGGGUGACGUUCUAAGCUUGUUUUCUGUGAUAAUAAUGAAAUUUAAAUCUAAGUUCAAUGAAAGUAAGAUUUAUUUCCACUACGAUCUUCCUUGGGAGAAGUUGAAGACGGUGAAAUGGAUGAAUGAGAAGGCCACCGCGAACAGGGCCUAUGUGCCCACGACGGUCGAGAACGUAGCGAACGUAUGCACGCACGCGCUAUGCGUUGCGCCUGCGUCGCUCGGCGCGCGGGAGUUGCUGACGCGUUCCGUGAACGCGCCGCAAGCCAUCGCCGCCGUUGUAUACGGGCUGGCAUUGUGCCUCCUGUUCGCGGUGUCCACCACCUUCCAUUCAGUAUGCUGUUGUAGGUCUGAUACUAAAAUGAAACACUUCCUGCACCGUUGCGACCGGGCAAUGAUUUACAUAUUCAUCGCGAGUUCGUACUUCCCGUGGCUGACGGUGGGCACGCUGUCCUGCUGGAUGUUGAGAGAACUGCGGUGGGUGAUCUGGCUGCUGGCAGUCCUCGGCAUCACGUACCAGCAGAUCUUCCACGAGCGAUACAAGAUGUUGGAGCUGCUCCUAUAUCUGGUCAUGGGGCUAGGUCCGGCGGCCAUCAUUGUCACGUCUAAUCACCAGUUCCCGGCGAUGUCGGACCUGAAGCUGGGCGGGAUGCUGUACCUGACUGGCGUGUUCUUCUUCAAGUCGGACGGGCGCAUCCCCUUCGCCCACGCCAUCUGGCACAUAUUCGUCGCGCUCGCCGCCACCGUGCACUACCUGGCCAUCUUGCGACAUCUCUUCCCAGAACUUCAUCAAUCUCAUUGAAGACUGCCCGUUUAACCUAUUGAAUCUCCAUUAUUAGAGCUCUCUAAAGCUAUUUUUGUAUCCUAACUCGACAACAAGGCCGCAGAUUUAAUAAUUCAGCCUGACAAUCGGCCGAGAACGUCGGACGAUCGACGGUACUGCAGCUACGAUCAGCGGCUUUGUAAGGUCUAACUUCGUAAUGUAUGUGUGUGUGAAUCUUUUAUGUAGUGAUUUGGUAUAGACUAAAAUAGACUUAGUACAUUUUAUGCUGUUGGCCGGAGCCGAUCGUAAAUGUAUACCAGCUAGUGUGACGACCUAGAAUGCCCUAAGCGACAUAUAAUUACGUUAUUAUUCGGUAGCGUGAGCAAUUUGAUUGGGGUCAUUAUGAUGAAAGUUUUUGGUCAUCACGAGCUGGGGUAGCCUCAGGGCAUAUUGCGAAAUACUGAAAAUAGUUUUCACUUAGGUCUACGCGAGAAUUGAUCCGAAAUUCAAACUAUGUUGACGAAUUUGAAGCAAACUCAAUUCAACCUUACUUUUCGAUUGCGCCAACGAUCACUCAGGCAGGCAAUAUAAAUUAAAUUUUGCAUAGGGCAACAUACCGCCAUUGUAGGUAGACUCUUAUGCAAGUGAAUAUAAUUAUAUUCGAAGAGAGCGCUCAAGUCGCUCGGGUCGAGGAUGUAAUGCCCCAUGGUAUACAGUUACGCGAGGUCCCGGCCUCUUACGCGCCAUACUGCAAUCAAUAUUGUCAUAUCAAGGUCACAUAAAGGGUUAUCCAUACUGGAUACAUUCACACUACGUGAAGGCGCGAACCAAUAAAUCUCUUUCAUUGAAAUCGAUUUUCAAAAUACUGCAACGUCAGUGACACCUCAGAAGUAUAGAUAUCAAAAGCCGGAUUUAUUGAUACGAGUCUCACGUGUUCGCUAUAACUUGGCAGUGUGCAAUGUUCCUGGUAUUAAUUUAGUUAAUCAAUCAUGCACUAAUAUUGGGUAGCAUUGCAGCUGUGCUAGUUUCGAGUUCUUUACACAUCGGUGAAUCGAAUAAUCGAUCGCGAAUUUCGAGAGGAAAUUGCGAAGGAAGUUUAUCGUGUUGCCACACGCCCACAUACUGAGCACCGUAAUGAACGUCCCGUACAAUUUAUUGAGUGGAGGACGGCGUAGGCACAGCACGAUGCGAACUUCUAAACCCUCACUCAACUCACAAGUCUCACAUACUUGUCUAUUAUUUAGAUACCAAUGUUUGUCCGCAAUGACCGUUGCUGUCCUAUCACGAAAGCGAUAAACACCGCUUCUUUGAAAUAGAAAGCAAUUUAAGUUUGAAAAGGGCAAAUGAUUAGAAAAGAGUAGUUGAUUAAUUUAAUUUGGGUACGCCUUCGCAGUUUUCAGACUUGAGAUUUGUUGAACUUUUGUUGACUUAAUAGAUUUACGUACUGUGAAAUGAUCUAUUACGGCCCUUGUGUAAAGUCUGAAUGUUGGGAGGCCUAGUGUAAGUGAUGAGGGAUCCAAAUAACAACGCUACCGCGCUAGAAGAAUUAACUACCCUCAAAACUUACACUGGGCUUUCAGAUGACGAGGGGUUGUCGUGGUUUUGCCGAAUGAAACUAAGCACGACAAUCUCUCGUCGUGUGAACUAACCCUUAGAGCAUGUAUCAGUGUGACGGUAGUUCCGGAGUGCAGUAUGGCGCGUUCACUCGUUGAUCGGUUCCCGAACGCAGUCACCAUAGAUACCCACGAGUAUUUAUUAGAUGUAACGCAUGAACCACGUUCGGCCAAACUUACUACAGAAUGAUAGUAAAUAUGUGUAUAUUUUGUAACAUAUUGUUGAACUUAUUGUACUAUUGUUGUAGUGUUUGUAGUCGUAUCUCAGAAUCUCGAGACCAAAACCAACCCUUUUUAGAGUAACUAUUUAAAAAAAUCGUAUUGAGGGUUUUUAGAAACAUUUAUACCUAUUAACUUAUUAUACUUAUAUGAAAUCCAGUUUUUUCAGCGAAAUCUUUUAUACACCUCAAUGUGACUUUUUCCUUAGUAUUAGUACGUUAUAGUGUAGCUAGUUGAAUGUAUAUACCAUCUCGUGUCUAUGGAAUAGGAUUUUAAAAUUUUAACAUCUUCAAGGAUAUUUAUUUUAAUUUUAAAUUAUUUAUUUAUAUGUCCCCAAUUUAGAUUUUUUAAGGAUUGCUCAAUCGUUCGUGUGACUAGGUGAUAUUAGCCAGACUUCCAAUCGUUUCACUAGAAUCUCAAAGUAGUAGGAACACGUCGGUGGUAGUGAUGAAACUGAGAAGGUUGCGCGUGAGGCGCGGGGUGACACCCACGUAGUUAUCGCCCGGCCAUUGUUCACUGUGCUCGAGUUAUGAUACUAAACAAUUGAGUCUGUUUGAAACUGGGACGACAGCGCACGUCCAUACUUAGACAGCUCACACAAUGGACAGGGGAAUCGAAUAUAUUCUACACACCUUUAACCCGUUUAGCCUAUAUAAUACUCCUGCUGAUACGAUACCACUACUAUAUGAUGAAAUGUGUUAAUUCGUAAUUAUCUUUCAAUGGAUUACCUAAGCAAAGGUUUUUUUGUUUUAUAUUGUCACAUGAAUUAAGUGCUAUAUUUUGAUUUUGUAAUCAUUCUAGUCAUUGUAUUUGCUACAAACGUUUAAAUGUGUUAAAUGUAAAUUAAUUUUAUGCAAUGUGAUAUAGUCGCGUGGCCGAAAAAUCACAAACCAGUCAUGACAAUGUGUCGGUUUGCAAAAUAGGCUGAUUACAACGUGCAUACGCGGCUUAUAACAUUUUUAAUGAAUUGGUUGAAGAAGAAUCAUUGAAACCGGUUAGCCAAGGUUAUCACAGGGUAAUAAUCAGACAUUACAAGAAUGCACAAAAAACGAAAAUUAUUAAUUAUUUUUAACAUAAUUAUCUCACUACGAUUAGUUGAAAUAAAAUCAAAUUUAUUUUAAAAUAUGGGAAAGGUAUUUCUUAUAGAGUACGGUAUCAGGUAGUAAUUGUAACGAUACCUAGUUCUAAUAUCAUAAUAGAUGAGAAUUCCUCUAAAGUGCAAAGUAUUUGUAAGUAGGGAAGGGUAGCGUCAGGUAAUGUUUCGGAUAUUAUUAGGGUCCUAUUAUUAAAUACGUACGAUGGAGACAAUUUUCUGUAGUCAUUAUAAUAAACACUAAACUCGUGGCGUCGACAGUACCGAUAUGUAAUACUCGUCGCUUCGAUUGUACCUAGCCAAAUACAAUUGCUAAAUAUUUCUCGUAUUAUCUACGACUGUUAAAUGUUCCCUGUCGCUGUAAAUGUUGAUAUUGCUAAAGCGAUUGCGUGUCUCAAGUCUUCCAGAGAUGCUAUUGGUAGGUCUUCUAAAUCAAAUUAACAUUCCUUACUUAUUCCAAACUUUCGAAAGUAAUCAAACUUUCUUAUAACCGUCUUCCUUUGGCGUAUCUUUUUUAUUUUCCAACCACCUUGAGUCGCAAACUCCUCUAUUUUCAAAACUCUGUCUCUCAAUUAAAUGUACCUACUAUGUAUUUCAAUACUUAUCAUAAUGCCUACUGCGGAUCUUUUAUAAGGAAAAUUACAAUAUUUUAGCUAAAUAAUCCAUUUAAAAUUACCGCUAUUAAACGUUAAAAUAAGCUUUUUAAUAAUUUGUCACUGUUAAAAAAAUUGUGCCCAUAUAAUAAUCACUUGUUCAGGAAUUGUGACAUCAGUAUACAAGUACUAGAUUUUCAUGUAUUACUAGUGGGAGUAAUGUUUUUGUUAUAAGUACAUUUGUGAGAGCGUCCACCUCUGAUCAAUGGAUUGUUAUUGAAAUCUUGAAUGAUUUUGAAUGCGUUCUGUAACAUCGUGGCUAAUGAGUAAUGUUGUACGAGGGGACGCUUGCGCGGAAGUAAUAUUGUUGUCUGUACGAUGUUUAAUGUGAUGUAACGUGUAUUGUUGUAGAUGGUAAGAUAAUACAAGCAUCAGAUUGCGUAGGGCAGGUAACGUAAUAGACUUGAAUUAUCAAUCUUAGUAAGGCAUUCCGUACGGUACGGUGCAACCAUACGGUUACGCCGUGUGCGAAGUGCCUUAAGCGCCAAAUUAUAAAUUUCGAGUUGUUAUCAAUGUUUUGUGACCAUUUAGUAAUUGAGAAUCCCAAGUUAUAACUACUACAAUUUUAGGUCUUUUGGGUAAACUUGUUUGAAGUCUCAUGCGCUACCUGCCUUAUAAAUAAAACCCAGUGACUAUUCUAUUAUUAAUUUUUCUAUCAGAUAAAAAUAGUGUUAUGACAUGAAUGUUACCUUUGAUAUCGGACCCUGGUAUAGUUUUGUAGAGGUUUUUGGGAACUCAAUAAAUAAAAAUUUUACAAACACA